AUGCGUCAGGUUCUUUUCGUGGCCACCGCUUCUGUGAUGCCGGUCCUUUCCUCAUUAACAUAUCGCCACUUCCAUGGAGUUUCCCCACAGGCUACUUGGAAUCACGAAAGAAGUAGAGAUAUGCUCUUCCGGCAAUCCCCCACUUUUACCACAGGCUUGGAAAGCCCCCAGGAACGGGUACCCUCUAGCAAUGCUAACCCCACAAGCUCCUCCUCGUCAACCACAUCAUCUCUGAGUGACUCUCUACAAGGAAACGGGCGAGAUUACUCUCCUUGCAAAGGAAAGAAGGCCAAAGGCGAAAAUGGGACUAAACUGCGUAAUCACGCGUCUGCGAAGGCCCCGUCGCUUCCACGCACGGGGUUCGACAUACCCACGUCAUACACGUCCUUUCGCCAUGCUACACAUCUCAAAGAUUUUCUGCAACGCUACGAUCACGUCGCGGUGGGGCACAAGGUGGUUGGUGUUUCAGAAAGGGUUGGCGGCCGUGUUGUCAGCCUGCGCGAUAUGGGUCGUAUCCUGUUCUUGACCAUCCACGGAGACGGCCACUCACUGCAGGUGGUACGUCAGGUAGACGAAGACUUUGAUAAGGAAGACCUUAAAAGGCUAAAAACGACACUCCGCGUCGGGGAUAUCAUCGGCGCUGUCGGGAUCGCCGGUCGGACCGAAAAAGGGGAGCUAUCACUAUACGCGAAGGAGCUCGUAAUCUUGGCGCCCUACGUGUGCACCGACCAAUCCAUCUGCCCAAACCUCAAAGGAUUUUUACCGAUCACCGAUAAUGAAAUUAAGUAUCGUUACAGGUUCUUGGAUAUGAUGACGAACCCUAACGUCCGGCAGAACCUCUGUAAGCGCCACGAAGCCAUUCGAGCCUUGCGGGGCUACCUGGAUGACCGCGGCUUUGUCGAGGUGGAAACCCCAGUUCUGCACGAAGUGCCCUCAGGCGCCAACGCGAAGCCCUUCAUUACCUAUCAUAACGACAACAACGACAGCCUGUUUCUCCGGGUCGCCCCGGAGCUCCAUUUAAAGCAGUGCGUCGUGGGUGGGAUGGAGCGAGUGUACGAGAUCGGCCGCGUCUUCCGCAACGAGGACGCCGACCGCAGCCACAAUCCCGAGUUCACGAGCUGCGAGCUCUACGCGGCGUAUCACUCGUAUGAGGACUUGAUGGGAAUGACGGAGGCCAUUCUGCAACACAUGGCGCGGGCGGCGAACGGCACCACCAAACUCACCGUCACCUCGUGUGUGGAUCGGCAGCUGGUUACAUUGGAUCUGAUGCCGCCUUUUCAUCGCGUGAGCGUCUACGACGAGAUCCAGCGCGUGGCGGAGGUGGAACUGCCGCCGCCCUUGGAGCUCAACACAUCGCGAGGCCUUGCCUACAUGUCGGCGAUUAUGCUUAGGCAUAACAUCCCUCUUCCGCCCGUACGCACCGCGGCGCAGAUGUUCGAUAAGCUCAUCGACUUCUUUAUCGUUAGCCGAGUCGUGCAGCCGACCUUUUUGGUUGAUCACCCUUUGUUUAUGAGCCCCUUGGCGAAGGAGCACGACUCGCGCCCGGGGCUCUCCGAGCGGUUCGAGUUGUUUAUCAACGGGAUGGAGAUCUGCAACGCGUACAGCGAGCUGAACAACCCACACGAGCAGUAUCAUCGCUUUCAGCAGCAACUUUUAGACAGGCAGCAAGGUGAUGAAGAGGCAAUGGCGCUCGAUGCGGUAUUCCUCAAGGCCCUACAGGUGGGUCUGCCGCCGACGGCAGGUUGGGGCAUGGGUAUCGACCGCGUAAUGAUGCUGCUUAACGGCUCCUCUAGUAUUCGAGACGAGGUUAUCUUUCCACUUCUGAGAAAGGAUGCCGAUUCGCGGGACGCCAAGCAGCGGCGUAAGACGGCAUCCUAUUUUGGCUUUAACUCACACCUGACACUCUUCUGUCUAGGCGCUCUAGAGGAUGAAAUGAUCAAGUGCAAAGUGCCUCGGGAUUUUUCUGAAAAGGUCAGGCAGCUGCGUAAGUGCAUUCACUCCAUGAGUGCGGUCGCGCGACGCGACGCCGUAGAUUCUGUUGAGGCGAUGACUCAGUACUCGAUGAAUGGUUGGCGCUAUGAGGCAGCCAUGAAGAUACUAAAAAUAGUCUGUGGUCAUAAUAAUUGGUGA